CUGGUUCUGAUCAGAUUAUUACGUCUGACACUUCAGCGGCAUGAUUUCUUCAAAAUAUUCCCUUCAUUGGCAAUAGCUCGAAAUUACAUAAAUUCAUUUGGACAUUUAUCAAAUCAUUACUUUCAAUUCCAUUAAAAUUAAUAGUUGCACGAAAAUUAAAAACAUGAACAAAUUCUUGACGUCGCGCGGCACAUGUAGCCGGCUUGUGCAAGGCUACAAUUUUUGGAGAGGGCAUUUAAAUGAGCGCUGGUAUACGCAACCAAGUCGAAGGCCUGGGUUUUUCUCGAAGUUCAUCGACAAUUUAAAGUCUGAAAUGGAUAAAAAUAAGGAAAUGAAGGAAAAUAUAAAAAAAUUCCGAGAAGAAGCACAUAAGUUGGAGCAGUCUGAAGCCCUUCAAUCCGCCAGACAAAAAUUUAACAUUGUCGAGUCUGAAGCACAAAAGUCUUCGAAUAUUUUAAAAGAACAAUUAGGAAGCAUAAAGGACAAAGUCAGUGAUGCAAUUGACGAAGCAAGUAAAUCCGAUAUUGCAAAGAGAGCAUCCAAAUUUUCUGAAGGUAUUUCGAAGACAGCUAAAGGUGUAACAGAUACCAUAACCGAAAAAGGUGAAAAAAUUGGGCAGACAACUGCUUUUCAAGCUAUAUCAUCUACAACGGAGAUGAUUAAACAGGAAAUGGGAUCUCAGAGCAUAAAUUCUAGAGUUUAUCGUUCUCCUCUAAAACUACGAAGACGCGUUGAGGUAGAACAUGGGAACGACGACCGUGUAGUCGAGCCUAAUGUAGAUGCCACAGGUGUGGAACUACACAAGGAUUCGAAAUUCUACCAAUCGUGGGAAAAUUUUAAGAAUAACAACGCAUAUGUUAAUAAAGUGCUUGACUGGAAACUUAAAUAUGAUGAGUCAGAAAAUCCUGUUAUACGCGCCUCUCGCCUUUUGACCGAUAAAGUUUCAGACGUUAUGGGUGGACUUUUUUCGAAAACAGAGCUUUCUGAAACGCUCACUGAACUUUGUAAAAUUGAUCCCAAUUUCGAUCAAAAACAGUUUCUUCGUGAUUGUGAGACUGACAUAAUACCGAACAUCCUAGAAGCGAUGGUUCGUGGAAAUUUAGACAUUCUGAAAGAUUGGUGCUUCGAAAGCACAUACAAUAUUAUAGCAACACCAAUAAGCCAAGCAAUAAAAGCUGGUAUGUACUUGGAUUCAAAGAUCCUGGAUAUCGAAAAUAUAGACUUGGCAAUGGGCAAAGUUAUGGAGCAGGGUCCGGUGUUGAUAGUAACCUUCCAGGCUCAACAGAUUAUGUGCGUUCGUGACCGUUAUCACCAAAUAGUGGAAGGUGAUCCUGAUAAAGUCAUGCGCGUGAAUUAUGUGUGGGUUCUAUGCCGAGACCCAAACGAGUUAAAUCCAAAGGCAGCUUGGCGGCUUAUGGAGCUGUCCGCAAACAGUCAAGAACAAUUUGUAUAAUAAACUUUUACAUGUUAGCUUUUAACAUUUUCACACUUUAA